GCAAACCAGUUCUGUGUCUGGAUGUAUCAAAGCGGACAGUGGGAAGACUACCAAUGUACCCACCAAUUACAGGCCAUCUGUGUGAAUCUGACAGGAUCCUCAGAGACCUUUGUGCUCACUAAUGACUCCUUCACCUGGGAGGAGGCUCAGCAGUACUGCAGGCAGCACCACACAGACCUGGCCAGUGUGAAAGACGCAACCCAGAACAGCCAAAUCGCAGCCCUGGUCCCCUCUGGCAACGCCUGGAUCGGCCUCAACAAGGCAGCGCUGGAGGUGGCUGGAUGGAAACAACUCCACUUUCUCCUUCUGGAAAACCCUGCAGCCUGAUAACUAUGAAACA